AUGAAGAAGCUUCUCAAGCGUACCACGGCCGACGACUUUCGCGUGAUGCCGUACAAUCUACGUUGGUUUACCGUGCUCGGGAUAGGCAGCUCACCGAACGAUCGCCGACUGUACCGUUUGGCGGUGGCGCUCGGCCUCACCGUGGUGGCCAUUAUCCUCCCGAAGCCGAUCCGCAUCUCGGACCAGCACCCGCGGUUCGAGUCGAUCGUCCGCAGCGUGGCCGAGCUGCUGUUCGGUGUGCUCGGUUUCCUCACCAUCAUUAUAGUGGCCAGCAAGUCGGAACCGUUCCGCCAGGUGAUUCAGAAGCUGGAACAAGCGCUCACCUCAUUUCGCGAUCGCGAUGAUCAGUGCAGCCGGUUGAUCGUCAAGGUCAAUGGUGGUAUCUAUCGGUUUAGCGUAGCAUUCGCCCGGCUCAACCUUUGCUACAUGCUCCUGUUCAACCUGGUGCCACCGGCCGUCAACUAUCCUUACUAUCUGCACCAUCUCCUGUCCGCCACCAGCAGCAACAAGACGCGGACGGUCGAGUUUAUGCUACCGCUCGAGCAGGACUUUUAUGGUCUCGAUAUCCGCCACAACAUUCUGCACUACAGCGUGUUCUGGCUCGUAACCUGGCCGGCCUGUACCUUCACUACCGUGAUCCUGUGGUGCAAGGGCCCGCUCUUCAUACUGAUACGCUACAACACGCUCCUCUAUCAGCUGGUGAACUGUAUGCUCCGUGAACUGGGCGCCGCCACUGUGAAUGGUGUAUCGAAAAGCCGACGGCGGCUGCUCACCUGGAAGCAACGUCAGCUCGUGCAGAUCGUCGAACUACACCGGACGGCGAUCGAGUGUACGAAGCUGCUCGAUAGCAUCUUGCGGCUCGUGCUGCUGAUCCAGUCCGUGGGCUGCCUGCUGAUGUGGUGCCUCAUGCUGUACUACAUCAGCCGCAACGCGAACCUGAACGUCCUGAAUGUGGUCGUGCUGACGCUGUCGAUCGUCUUCGAGAUGUGGUGCUGGUCGUACCUUGGCCAUCAGCUAACCGAAGAGAAUGCCUCGAUCGCUAAUACCGUGUACAGUAGCUGCUGCUGGUACGAUGAACCGCGGGUACUGCAGAAGAGCUACCAGCGGAUUAUGAUGCAGGCCAGCAGUCGAAAGGCAACCAUCACGGCUGGUCGGUUCUAUAACGUCAACAUUGUCACGUUCGCCCAGCUGGUCAAAACCUCGUACACGUACUACAUGAUUAUGAAGGAAAUCUUUUAA